GGAGGGGAAGGGGGCCGGGAGCGGCCCGGCACCUCGGGGUGGGCUGCGGGCUGGGGGUGGGAGCCAUGGACUCGGCGCCAGCCUUCGCCAUGGACAAGCCGUUCGCCCCCAGCGCCGUGCGCGGCCCGGAGCCGCCCGAAAACGCUCAAAGCCGGAAAAACUUCAGCGUGAGCCACCUCCUCGACCUGGAGGAGGUAGCGGCCGGGAUGAACGGGACCCCUCCGGCCGGUCCCCCCCCCGCCGGUGGCGGCAAGGCCAUGCCGGAGCCGUCGGGAGGCAGCAGCGGCAGCGAGGCAGCGCCCCAGGACGGCGAGAGCCUGAGCCCGAGCCAUGGGGCAGCCAAGAGGAAGAAGAAGCAGAGGAGGAACCGCACCACCUUCAACAGCAGCCAGCUGCAGGCUCUGGAGAGGGUCUUUGAGAGGACGCACUACCCCGAUGCCUUCGUGCGGGAGGAGCUGGCGAGAAGGGUCAACCUCAGUGAGGCCAGAGUCCAGGUCUGGUUUCAGAACCGAAGGGCCAAGUUCCGCCGUAACGAGAGGGCGAUGCUGGCCAACAGAUCGGCAUCGCUCCUCAAAUCCUACAGCCAAGAAGCAGCCAUCGAGCAGCCCAUGGCACCACGGCCCACUGCACUGACCCCAGAGUAUCUGUCCUGGACCAGCUCCUCGCCAUACAGCACUGUGCCCUCCUACAGCUCCAGCGGGACCCCGACACCCACCCAAGGGGUGAACAUGGCCAACAGCAUCGCCAGCCUGCGCCUCAAAGCCAAAGAGUUCAGCCUCCAUCAGAACCAGGUGCCGACCGUGAACUGACCAGGGCAAAGCCCACCCAGUGGCCUCAUCCAGGAUACAGCGUGGAGCUCCUGUGCCGGUCCAGGACGAACCCAACCCACAUGCCACUCGUCCAACGUCUCAGCACCUCUUCUCUCCUCUUCUCUUCCCUUUUGAAGGUAGAGUCAGUCCCAGGCCGAAGUGGCACAUAAUUAUAGCCACAUAUGGAGCAAACUUGGUUAGAAACUUGCUUUCCGCACACCCUUAUAAUAAAGGCUAUAUAUACACACACAUACCCCCCACGCGCUCUUCGAGGACAAACAGACUUGCCAAGGGAACAAGAAUUUGCUUCCAAACAUGGAAGGAUCUUGGACUAUUGGAUUUGACCAAUUUGGGUAUCUUGCCCAGAGAGCCAAAGAGUUAUUGGGUCUUGUCCUCCCGCAGGGACAGUGUGCAGUGGUGGGAGGAUCAUGAACCCCCCUUUCCGCCAGGCUGCGACUCGUGAUGCUCAACCACACACGCCGAAGCUGACCCGUGCCUUUGCCUCUUUGUGCUUGGGAGAGACUUUGGGAAGCCAACAGCUCGUCCCUGCCUCAGCCAGCCCUUUGCAUCGUG